GCAACUUGAUUUGGUGAUUGCCACAAUCGUGCUGGAGUUUGAAAGUGUGAGAUGGAUUCUUCCAAUCUGAGUUCACUUCCUGAAGAUGGCGCUGAGGAUCCUGCCCAAGGGAAAGAUCAACCCGUGUCUGCUUUUGCCUCUAAACCCCAUCGCCCACCAUCUCAGAGUUCAUCCGAAAAGUACUCACCCGUAGAUUGGUCGGUGUAUUUCGACAAAGAAGAUGACGUUAAAAUUCCGGACUCAAAUGAUGUGUUCCAUGUCUACAUGGCAGGAUCUGAGGGGCCGGUUGUAUUCUGUAUACACGGUGGUGGUUAUUGUGGGCUUUCAUUUGCUUUAUCAGCUAGUAAAAUUAAGGAGAAGGCCAGGGUUGUUGCCAUGGACUUGAGAGGUCAUGGGAAGUCAUUGACAGAUAAUGAUCUUGACUUAUCUAUUGAGACUCUGUGCAAUGAUGUAUUGGCUGUUGUGAAGGCGCUAUAUGGAGAUUCUCCUCCUGCAAUCGUUCUUGUUGGCCAUAGUAUGGGAGGUUCAGUUGCUGUGCAUGUUGCUGCUAGGAAGUCACUGUCUAGCUUGGCUGGAUUGGUUGUCGUGGAUGUUGUAGAGGGAACAGCAAUGGCUUCACUGAUUCAUAUGCAGAAAAUCUUAUCAAGCAGGAUGCAGCAUUUUCCAAGCAUUGAAAAGGCUAUUGAAUGGAAUGUCAGAGGUGGCUCCUUGAGAAAUGUUGAUUCUGCUCGUGUAUCAAUUCCUACCACAUUAAAGUAUGAUGAUUCUAAGAAAUGUUAUGUUUAUCGAACACCACUAGAAGAGACUGAACAAUACUGGAAAGGCUGGUAUGAAGGCCUUUCAGACACAUUUUUGUCAUGUCCUGUUCCUAAGCUGUUGCUGUUGGCUGGAGCAGACAGAUUGGACAGGUCUCUAACAAUUGGUCAAAUGCAAGGGAAGUUUCAAAUGGUGGUUGUCAGACAUACUGGACAUGCUAUACAGGAAGAUGUACCUGAUGAGUUUGCGACUUUGAUAAUCAACUUUAUUUCUCGCAACCGAAUAGGUCCUCAUGGAGUAGAGAUACCUGGCCUCAUCAAGCCAUCCUUUUCAAAACCUUAGACUCAGAGGUUUGAGGCUUCAAAUAAAGCAAAUAAAAUGAUGAUGGAUGGCUUGCCCUAGCGUUGCUUCAUGUGGCUGGUUACCUUAUAGUAUUUAAUAAUUUGUAUGUUGUAGUGUACAUUUAUAUAGAUUAUUAUCAAAUUUGAUGACCCAACGAGAGAAGGCCAGGAGGGGGGAGGGGGGGGGGGGAACCCACGAGUUUAAUAUGAGUUUGCCCACUCUAUUAGUUUAGAUCUGCGGCUGACUUUUCUUUUUAGCA